AUGUCCCUGUCUCCAUCCACCUCCGAUGUGGAGAAAAACUCCGUUCGAAAACCGAGUCUGGACUCGGAUGCCGAGGUCGAAAAGACCCCCGGCGUGAUGCUGGACACCCAGAUCAUCGACGAGGCCACCAAUACCCGCAUUCUCCGGAAAAUCGACCUCUGUCUCAUGCCGCUGAUGAUGUUCAUCUACGUGGUCCAGUUCAUGGACAAGAGCACCAACUCGCUGGCGUCAGUCAUGGGAAUGCGCCAGGAUCUCGGCAUGAAGGGCGACGACUACUCGUGGUCCGGAACCGCCUUCUACAUUGGCUAUCUUGCGUUCGAGUUCCCGGCCGUCUUCAUGCUGCAAAAGUUCCCCAUGGCCAAGACUUUGUCCGUGUUUGUGGUGCUCUGGGGCAUGGUUCUGUGCUGCCACGCGGUGCCCCGGUUUGGCGGCUUCAUCGCUCUGCGAACGAUUCUGGGCGUCCUGGAGUCCGCCGUCACCCCGGCGUUUGUCAUUCUCACCGCCCAGUGGUACAAGCGAGAGGAGCAGUUUCUGCGAACGUCCAUCUGGUUUGCUUCCAACGGCCUCGGUCUCAUUCUCGGCUCCCUGGUGGCCUACGGACUCACCGAGAACCACCAUCUGCCCAUGCACGGCUGGAAGCUGCUCUUUAUCAUCACCGGAGUCUUGACCAUGGCUCUGGGAAUCGUCAUCUUCUUCCAUAUUCCCGACGACCCCUCCAAGGCGUGGUUUUUGAACGAAGAAGAGCGAAAACUGGUGCUGGCACGAAUCGCCUCCAACCAGCAGGGCUUUGAAAACAAAACGUUCAAGAAAGAACAGGUUUGGGAGGCUCUCACUGACAUCCGAACCUGGCUCUACUUUCUCUUCUCCGUCUCCAAUAACAUCCCCAACGGAGGUCUCACCAACUUUUCCACCAUCCUGCUGUCUGAAACCAUUGGUCUAGGACCCACCCGAGCACUGCUCAUGCAAACUCCCCAGGGAGGAGUCGAGUUUGUUGGCUGUAUCUUCCUGGGAUGGGUUGUCCAGAGAACAGAGAGAAGAUGUCUGAUCGCCACCAUCGCUCAGGCCAUUGCCCUGGUGGCUUCUUGCCUGCUCGCUUUCCUUCCACACAGCCAGGGAGCCGGACUCUGUGGCCUCUAUCUCGUCAUGCUGUAUCCCAUUGGUCUCAUUUGUGUGCUGUCUUUGGUCGCCUCCAACACCGCCGGCCAUACCAAGAAAAUCAGUGUCAACGCCAUUCUGCUGAUCGGAUACUGCCUCGGCAACCUCCUGGGACCCCAGACGUUCCGAGCUGAAGACGCCCCGGCCUACACUGCGGCCAAAAUCUGCAUUGUCGUCUUCUUCGGCCUGGCUAUCGGCAUCACCAUGCUCAUCUGGUUUGUCAACGUCAGAGAGAACAGACGACGAGACCAGUUGUAUGGAGGCGACAUCACCGAAGCCGAGCUCCACGAGCUGCAGACGGCCGAUCUCACCGACAGACAGAACAAGCAUUUCCGCUAUGCUUUUUAG